AGCAAGAAAACACCUUUGACCGAAGUACAAUAGGGGGCGGGCGGGCUGUCGAUUCUGUAGCUACUGCUCUCUGGAAACCAUGUCUAAUCAGUUGACUAUCCAUGAUUUUGCCCGAGUCCAAGAGGCUCUGUGGGCGGCAAGAUCAAAAUGGGAUAACAUUGGAACCCGACUCAAACUAGACGUCCGUGAGCUGGAGUGCAUUGAAACGGAAGGAGGGAUGAGUCUUGACAAGAAGUUCAAUCUCAUGAUCCAGACAAGGUUGAAGAAGAUUGAGCCAUGCACCUGGAGAGAUCUCUAUGAUGCAUUAAAUCAUCCUACUGUUGCCAUGUCCGAUGUGGCAUGUAAACUUGUACCAUACAUACCACCUGUUGCGGCUCCAACUGAAACUGGAUAUACUGAUGGUGUAGCACCAGCUGCAUCAGUUACCACAUCUCCUAUUGUAACUGGCCCCCAAAUUGACAGCAAAGAAUUUGAAAAGACAAGUGAAAUGAUAGAUCAGUUGCAGAAAGAGUAUAUUGACAUUUCAUUUUGUGCUGCUGAGGAGUUGAGUGCCAAUGUUGCAGUUAAAAAGUUGCGUUUUUCCCUCCUCUCUCUCCCACCAAAUCUCAAAAAAAAUUCCCUUUCGAAAGCAAAGGCUGAAAUCAAAGAAGCUAAAUCAACCGAUGAAGUAAUGUAUAUUAUUGGGGAGCACAAUCACUGCCUCCACUACCCCCUGUUGAAGUAUGUCAUAGAUCUCUAUGGAAGUGCUAGUCUGAAAGAAAAAAUAGCAGAUUAUGCAAAGCAGGUGGGAAAUUUUAGAAAAGAAACAAGGCUCGAGGUGUUUUCACAAGUUGGCCCUGAUGAGCCAGAAGAUAUCAAUGGAAGGUUUACCACGAUGGUUAGUAAGCACCAAAUGGACUGGAGAACCGCUACACUGGAAGAUGUUGAGAAGUUUCGCAUUCAAGUCUGCCGGGAGCUGUCCUUGUAUGACUUCUCCCUCAACCUCGUGAAAGUUGCUCGAGGGUGUGUGGAGGUGACAUGGCGGGUUCCUCGUUCUCUGGUGACCUACAUCCAGAACUCUGUCAAGCCCAGCAGUCAGAGCAUGAUGGAGCAUCACGUCACCACUCUCACCAUUGACGGAUUCAUCGUCUACGACUCCUCUUUUGCCAUGCAGUUGGAGUACAAAGUUAUUCGACUAGGGCUUCAAGCUAUUGCUAUCAAUUACGGCUGCCUGUUGGAGGAGAUGUCACCAGAUGAAGUAGUGCCACACCUGGUGCAACGAAGGCUGCUGACACAGCCACAAGGAGAAGAAGUUUGGGCAAAGAGCAGUCGACUAGAGAAAGUACAUAUAAUAGUAGAGGCACUCCGAGAGGCUGAUGAUAUAGUUGGGAUGUUCCCAACAUUCUGUAUGGCUUUGGCUAAUGCAGGACAGUUACAUGUUUCAGAGAGACUCCGUAACAAGUUCCAGAGUCUCCUGAAGGGUGAGGCAGUAUCCCACCAACAAGAGGAAGAUGAAGUCAUGAUUUCUGGAGAGUCGAGUACCCAGCCUUCUUCUCCUCCUCCAGAUAGCCACCUCGUCACUGCUCAAUUGGAGGGUCCUACCCUCACAAGAGCACAGUACAACACCAUACACAGUCUCACCAGCUCCUUUCUCGGUAUCCCCACUAGUGAUCUGGUGUAUGAUGGCCACACCCCCAAUCCACUCACUCUUCACUGGCACUACUAUACUAUUUGUCGGUCAUUAAUUUCUCUCUCUCAUUGCAAUGCAAUGGCACAGGAGGGUAUUAGAAAACUUGUGAAUGGAGAGAAGAUUAUCGUUCUUCAUUUAAAUGAGACCAGUCUUCUCAGUGCUGCUUGGGAUGGAGAUAAAGAGUCAUUGGAUUGUGCUCUGGGAGCUGGAGUGCCAGUUGAUUGUCGGAUUAGUCUCUGGUAGCUUUUGUUUUGUGGAAAAAGUUGCCCAAAAAAGAUUGUAGUCCAUUGAAUCCGUGACUAAUUGGUGUGAGUUUGAUGGUCUCUACCCCUUAUUAGGAAAGCUCUAGACUGGGUGGAGUUCACUGAUGUAUGCAUCUGAUAAUGGACAUGUGGAGGUGGUGGAGAGGUUAUUACAACAUGGAGCCACAGUAGACAUGCAAGAUAAGAAUGGAUGGAGUUCACUGAUGGUUGCAUCUCAGGAGGGACAUGUGGAGGUGGUGGACAAGUUAUUACAACAUGGAGCCACAGUAGACCUGCAAGCAGAGGUACACACACUAUAUCCACAGUAGACCUGCAAAAAGAGGAUGGAUGGAGUUCACUGAUGAUGCAUCUCUGAAUGGACAUGUGGAGGUGGUGGACAAGCUAUUACAACAUGGAGCCACAGUAGACCUGCAGACUAAGGAUGGGUGGAGUUCACUGAUGGAUGCAUCUCAGAAUGGACAUGUGGAGGUGGUGGACAAGCUAUUACAACAUGGAGCCACAGUAGACAGCAGACUAAGG